AUGCCGAGAGCGCGUAAAAGUGUUUGGCUACUUGUUAGCGUGCUGCUGGCUGUUUGGAUAGAGCGAGCGACCAGCUUCCCAAUGAGACAUCACACUAGAUUCAGACAAGGAGUUUCCGUAGAGAACCAAAUCCAGAGUGAUUUGACAGACUCACAUCCUCACGAAAAUAGGUGGCCACAGCAUCGCUCUUCAGGUGUCCUACCUCAGCCUGAGCCCGAAGAAGAAUCCAAACCCUUUGUCCUAAACCUCAACAACUUCCCAGACCUGGCAAAUGCUGACAUUGACUCUCAAAACCCCAAUAUUCAGGUGACCAUAGAGGUGUUGGAUAACCCUCCCAUGAACAUGGAUAUGGACCUUGUUAAAGAAUGGAACAAUGACUGGCCCACCACUUCAUCCUCUCCUUCCUCUACAGUAGACUGGCUGGGUGGGAAGAAGCUGUUUUGGCCAUUGUUCUGGGGCUACAUGGACACAGAUUCAGACGAGGAUGGCACAGGCCAAACAGUGGAGGAAGAGGAUGACUAUACACUGGAGUAUGACAGCGUGGAGCCACUGCCUAGUGAGAUGGGUGUUGAGGGUGGUGACUGGGAAGUUCCAUGGACUCAGGGGUGGAAUCCUGCUCAAGGCCAUUAUGAAGCGAAAGAGGAGGAAUGGAGUGCAUGGACUCCCUGUAGCGUCACCUGUGGCCAUGGAAACCAGACCCGCUCACACUCCUGUGGAUAUUUCUGCACAUCCACUGAGUCCCGAAGCUGUGACCUCCUCCCAUGCCCAGAUGAUUUGAACAGUGUUGGUGACGUCUUUCCAUUUAAGAUGGAGAAUGGUACAGAACCUUUUGGCACUGAAGUUGAUAGCUGUGAGAAGUGGUUGAACUGCAAGAGUGAGUUUCUCCAUCGUUACCUGCAGCAGGUCUUGACUGAAUUACCUAGCUGCCCCUGUGCCUAUCCCUCAGAAGCCUCCAACAACAUGGUCAACCUGUUGGAUGUGAGACAUGACCGGACAUUCAAAUGGACAGAUGCCAGUGGCCCAAAAGAUCGCUUGGACAUCUAUAAGCCCUCAGCGCGGAACUGCUUGCGCUCCGCUCUCUCGCGAGAUGGCACCACACUGGCUGCCCAGCAUUGCUGCUAUGACGACCAUGGUCAGCUAAUUACAAGGGGCAAGGGGGCAGGCACCCCCAACCUAAUAAGCACAGAGUUCUCCCCAGAGCUGCAUUUCAAGGUGGAUGUACUGCCAUGGAUACUGUGCAAAGGAGACUGGAGCAGGUUUCAUGCCAUCCGUCCACCCAAUAAUGGCCUGCAUUGCACCGAGAACCCCCACCAGGACAUGUUCAUGAAUGAAUUGGAGGAGGCCAGAGAAUAUUGA